CCUAGAACAAGGACAAGAACAUCAUCUUCAUAACUCAUCACCCCAAAAAAAUCAAACCCUUCGAUUCUAAAUUCAAAUUCAUCAACUAAUCAAACCCAAAAAAACUCAAAGGUGCGAAUAAAUACUCAUGGUGAGUGGCUUGUGGUAAAUCGUAAAAAGAAGAAAACUCCACCAAUUACAGUGAAGAAAAAAUAGAUGGGACAAUUAAUUAGAAACUCAAAAAACUUGGGUGCAUUCAAGUUGCAAUUAAAGGAGGAAUUAAGUCAAAUGAUAAUUAUGAAGAAGGAAGGGAUAAGGCGCAAAUCAUGUCCGAUGGAGGAAGUGAGAAACCACAAAAAACGUGGUGAUGUGGAACCACAAUAGCAGAAUUUUAUGGAACACCGCGCCGGUGUUCUCAACCUUCCAUUAUUUUUUGUUUGAAAUUGAUUUUUCUAAUCUAGAUCUGGAUGAAAAAUAGAGGAAGAAAGAGAAGCGAUUGAAGAGGUGACGGUGGCCGUGUUUUACAUAAAGGGUGACCCUUUAGUGAAGGGAAGUGGCGGUGGAUAGUCAUGGUGGUGGUGGAAUUUCUCUAUGAAGAUGAUGUGAGAACAAGAGAAUAGAAGAAGAAAUGGGGUUUAUUAGAAAGAAGGGACACAAUAACACUUACAUUGAAUCUUUUAAUGUUGACCAUUGAUUUAAUCCUAAGGCUAUUAAUUAUUCUUAUCAUUCUUUUUCAUUUAAAUUUAAUUUAGUAAUAGCCUUUGAUCAGGUCAAAAUUAGAGGGGGUCAAAGAAGGGUGAAGUUAGGGGGCUGAAAAGUGAUUUUUUUAAUAGGGGACCAAAAUUGUUACCAUGACAAAUAUAGGGGCCAAAAAUGCAUUUAAACCUUUUUGUUAAUAUUCAUAAUUUUAUGUAGAGGUUCCUGCUUCCUAUGAUAAGGGACGAAUGAAGUAUAGACAAAGCCAUGAAUAACAUUAGACGCUGAUUAGAGAAACGUGAGUGAAAAAGGGUGGAGUAUAGUGCAGGUAUAUUGAAGAACAAAUAUAUGAAAAACUAAGGGGGGUGUAUUGAAUUGGGAUUUCAAGGGAUUUUAAAAGACUUUUUUAGAAUGAAAAAGUCUAGUGGUAUUCAAUCAAGACUUUUAUAAAAUGUAAACAAAUCUUGUGGUAUUCAAUCAAGACAAUCAUGACUUUUUUUUUAAGGCAACAAAAUCCGUUGGUAUUCAAUUGAGAUUUCUCAUGACUUAUGAAUUGUCCAUUGGUAUUCAAAAGUCUAUAGAUUUUGAUGGAUUCUUGGAUGGAAUGGAUUUUGUGAGACUUUUUAGUUAAAAAUAUCUCUUCCAACAAUCUCACAGAAACCCUUGAGAUUUUGCCAUUGUCUUGCAAACCUUUCUGCCGUCAUCUUCCAUGCCAGUGAUUAAAUGGGGGAUUCACAACAAGAAAAUAAUAGAGGGAAGGGUAAGGACAAAGAUGGCUAUGUAGUUUGGACCAUGGAGGAAACUAGUGAGUUGUUGUACCUUUUGGUGGAUGCUAUAAAUAGAGGGUUACGUGAUGCCAAUGGGUCCCUUAGUAAACAAAAUGUAGAGCGAGCUAUCCUUCCUCAGCUCAAUGCCAAAACUGAAUCACAUAAAACUUAUAAUCAUUACUUGAGCCGAAUGAAGUGGUUUAGAAAUCAAUACAACAAGAUGUCAACGUUUAUGCGUAACAACUCUGGUUUUGGAUGGGAUUCCGUUGCGAAGACUUACACGGCUACUGAAGAAGUAUGGAAUAAUUACUUAAAGUCCCAUCCAUCUCACAAAAAUCUUAAAGGAAAAAGUAUGAUUGAUUAUGAUUAUUUGAAGAUUGUUGUUGGAGGUGGAGUGUCUAGCGGGAAUAAUUCUAUAGCAUUAGACCCUGAGGAUACUGAUGCAACAACUUUUGAGCAAGAAAGUGAAAGUUUUGGAAUGGAAGAUUUUUCAUAUGAUCCCAAUAGUGAUACAUUCAUAGCACCAGAUAACUUUUGGUUGUACUUUUGUUAAAGUAUUUGGUUUGCUUUUUUUUUUUUGUUUAACUAAUGGUUGUAUUUGGAUUGAAGAAUUUAGUUCUGUAUGUUUUGUGAGACUAAUGUGGUUAAAAUUUAAUUAUAUUUUCAUUAUAGUAUUUUAUAUAUAACUUUGCAUUGACUCUUACACUACCUUAAAUAUUGUCUUAUAAUCAUGGCAAUGACAUAGAGGACGAAGAAAUUGAUUAUGAAGGAAUGAGUGAAGAUAUAGAUACUGAAGCUAUAGAUGAUGAUGAUGAUGAUGAAGAUGAUGAUGAUACAAAUGAUGAAGAAACAGAUGAAGAAUUGUAUGAAGCCAUAUACAUGUAUAUGAUGGCAAUUCAUGCUUUAAUGCACGUGGUAAAUCAGUUUUUGAAUAUGAUGCGUGGUGAACAUGUUGAACGUCCAUUAACUCGACGACGAAUUACAAGUAAGGGAUAUGACUAUAUACAUAAGUC